AUGCUACUGCAAUCGGCCCUCGCAGCUCUGUGGUUUUGUCUCGGUAUUGCAUCUGCUAAACCACACCCAACGGUCUAUAUCAUUCGACAUGGUGAGAAGCCUCAAAAUCCAAACGAGCAUGGUCUAAGCUCAGACGGGGUCAAGCGGGCACAGUGUCUGAGGCAUGUUUUCGGUCAAGGCUCGGAGUACGGCAUCGGGCAUAUUAUGGCACCUCGUGUGAAAAAGAAUGGCGAGCAUGGACGUUCGUUUGAAACUGUUUUACCCCUUGCCAACGAUCUCGGUCUCACGGUUGACACACAUUGCAAGCGGAACCAAGUAAAAUGCGUGGCGAAGGCGAUCAGAUCCUAUGACGGACCGGGCAACAUUUUGAUUGCAUGGCGGCACUCGAAAAUGGGUGGGAUCGAGGAGAAGCUUGGUGCUUUUGAGCCUAUUGAAUAUCCGGAUGAGCGAUUCGACCUUAUUUGGAUAGAUCCUUGGCCGUAUGGGAAUGUGACGAGUAUCAAAAGCGAGGAAUGCCCGGGACUAGAUGUUAGGGCUGGCCUCGUGGAUCAGUUUUGA